AUGCAGGAGUGUGGUACCUAUCAAGCCACAAAUGUCUACAGAGAAGCAAACUACGUUGCUGAUUGGGUUGCUUCAUUUGCAGCUCACCACUCUGGAGGUGAUCCCCCCUCCCUAACCCCCUCCAGAUUCAAGAAGCAGAACGGCUCCGGCGAUGAUGUCUUCGCCCACCUCUUCGCCGCCUCCUUGGAUCCCGACUCCGCCCCCCUCUCCCCCAAACUGCGGAUCCUCAAGUCCUGCCUCAUCGCUGGCGAGAUCCUCUAUGGCCUCUUCCUCCUGAGCUCCUCCCCGACCCUCGCCGAGAUCGCCUGCCUCGCCGGCUACGACUACGUGGUCGUCGACAUGGACGACGGCUCUGGCGGCAUCGCGGAGGUCUUCCCCUGCCUCCGCGCCCUCGCCGCCUCCCGCACCCCAGCCAUCCUCCGCCUUCCGGAGCUCUCCGCCGCCUGGGCCAAAAAGGCCCUCGAUCUUGGCCCCCAGGGCCUCAUGUUCCCCAUGAUCGAGUCCCCCGGCGCCGCCGAGCUCGCCGUCUCAUUCUGCCGUUUCCCGCCGCAUGGCGUUCGCGGGUCCGCCCACACAAUGGUGCGCGCCUCCGCCUACGGCAUCGACAACGGCUACCUAGCGCGGGUUGACGAGGAGCUACUGGUGAUGUGCCAGGUGGAGACGGCGGCGGGGCUGGUGAAGAUCGAGGCGAUCACCGGCGUCGAGGGGGUCGACGUGGUGCAGAUGGAGCCGCUGGAUCUGAGCGCGAGCAUGGGGUAUCUGUGGGAUCCUAGGAACCGGAAGGUGAGGGAUGCGAUGAAGGAGGCGGAGAGGAAGAUGCUGGGGAUGAGGAACAAGCUGUCGGCGGCAAAGGGCGGCGACGCUGGCGAGAGGGGACCGUAUUUGGGGGGGCUUGCGAUGCCGCACGAUCGGGCGGAGAAUAUGAAGAUGAGAGGAUAUCAUAUGGUAAUGGGGGCAGUGGAUGUGGAAAUUUUCUGGCAGGCGGCGGUGGAGGACGUGCGGCGGUGGAGGAGCGCAAAGGUGGACAUUGGGGAGGAAACGAGAAAAUGA